CCGACUGCGAUUUUAGUGACUCCGUCGUCACCACGCCUAUGUUACGUGAGUAAAUCCGACUCUUCUCCGUAGAUUUCUCCACCUCCAGGCUCUUUUGUGAAUUUGGAAAAGAUGAGUUUUGUUUUCCGGGGAAGUAGAGGAGAUUUAGAAAGUGGAUUCUCGGGUUUUAUACCCGAAAGACGAGCUAUGCGUGUUCAUGGAGCUCGACCAGUUAAUUCUAAUUCCCUCGCUUUUCUGGUUACAGUUCUUUUGCUGUUUAUGAUUCUCAAUUCACAUCAGAUGCCUCCUAAUUUCCUGCUGUGGCUUGUGCUUGGGGUUUUUUUGAUGGCAACGACACUUAGGAUGUAUGCGACUUGCCAACAACUUCAAGCUCAGGCUCAGGCUCAUGCUGCAACAGCAAGUGGCCUCUUCAGCCACACUGAGCUGAGGUUGCAUGUGCCUCCAUCCAUUGCUCUUGCUACGAGAGGGCGUCUUCAGGGACUUAGGCUCCAGCUGGCUCUUCUUGAUCGGGAGUUUGAUGACUUAGAUUAUGAAACUCUAAGAGCACUUGAUUCUGAUAAUGUUUCCACAACUUCUAUGAGCGAGGAAGAGAUAAAUGCACUUCCAGUACACAAGUACAAGACGUUGGAUCCUGAAAAUGGUUGCUCUUUGGCAAAGCAAGCAUCAACCUCAUCCUCAGCUGAGAAUAAGCAAGACUCUGUCACUGAAAGUAAAAAAGGAACAGAAGAUGAGCUCACUUGUAGUGUUUGCCUGGAACAAGUUACUGUAGGCGAAAUCGUUCGCACCUUACCUUGCUUGCAUCAGUUUCAUGCAGGAUGUAUCGAUCCCUGGUUGAGACAGCAAGGAACAUGUCCUGUCUGUAAAUUCAGAGCUCAUUCAGGAUGGCAAGAACAAGAUGAGAUCGAUGAUGAUGCUUCCGACAUGGUUUAAAAAGUUUGGAUUCCGACACUUGUUAUGUUAUUAAUGUGUGUGAGAAUUAAACCCCAAACAAAUCAUGUAAUGGUCA